UCCUGCAGUGAACCAGAUUCAGUUGACCACCCGAGUGCUACCUGAGACUGUACGCGACAAUGAAGUUCAUCAUCCUGCUGGCCCUGUUCGGUGCUGCCUUCGGGCAGAACCUGCGCGCUGAGGUCGAUCAGCUGCUGCCCUUCCUGAACAUGGAUGAGGUGCGCACGAUCUACGAGCGCUACGUGCAGACCGACGCCCAGGUCGGCGAGAUCUGGAGCUUCCUGCAGUCGGAGGAGACCGAUGCGGCCUGGCGUGUGCUGAUCGGCACCCCGGAGCUGCAGGAGAUCAGCGCCUGGACCGAGGUCCGUGGCGUGAGCAUCCGCGACUACCUGAACGGCAUCGCCGCCAUGCUCGGUCUGACCCCGAUCACCCGCUCGGUCAACGCUCGCUCGCCGGCUUCCCGCUCCUGGAACGCGAUGAUGGACGAGAUCCGUGCCGCCACCAACCUGGAGGGCGCCGAGGCUCUGGCCCGCACCUUCAUCGCCGACCCGACCAGCGAGUUCGGUGAGCUGUACCGCAUGACCCAGGCCCGUCGCGCUGGCUUCACCCGCGUCAUUGAGCACCCGGAUGUCACCCGUUUCUCCGCCCAGCUGCGCGCUUUCGGCGUCGAUGUUGACCAGAUCAUCACCCGCUUCCGCAACUUCUUCGGCUGGAACUAAGGCUUACGUACCACGGACAACUGCUUGGAUGAAAUAAAAGGAAUGUUAAUUUGAUACAAAA